AUGGCAAAGAAACCUAUAUCAGAGAACUGGACGCGCGAGAGUUCUAUGCCUUCAUCGUAUAAUCCGAAUAAACCGGCCAAAUAUGGUUUGUUAUACAAGUCAUUGAAUGAUGCGCGGAUUCUAUUUACAUAUCAGAUACUACCUUAUUGUGGCAAACCGGAUGAAGGAGAUGGCCCUUAUUACCUUUCGGCUACAGAUUACGUGAAAAAUGAGGUAAAGGAUCCAAAAUCUAGAGGGGAGUUUCAAAGUACAAUACAUUGGGAAAAAGAAAAGGGGGAUAUUGCAUUGUGUACCUACACAAUAGAGGGCAAGUCUAAAGGGAAGAAAAAUGUCCUUGUUCUGUCCACAAUGAGGCCAAUCAUGGGAAUUACUCGAGAUGACGAAAAGCACAAACCGUCCAUCAUAAAAUUUUAUGACUUUACUAAGGGUGGGACUGAUAUUAUAGAUCAGAAAAUCUCUAAACACAGCUGCAAAUCAGUUACCAAUAAAUGA